AUGUCUUAUAGAAACCCCAAUGUGGAGAAUCCUCAAGACCAAGUGUAUCCUCCAAGGUAUCCACAACAACAAAGACCUCCUUACCAAUCUCAAGGAAGUCAAUUUCAGCCAAGGCAAGGAUAUGAGCAGAGAUCAUCAUAUCCGCCCAAGGAGCCAUAUGCUUCUUCACCAAAUCAAGCUCCUCCAAACCAACAAGGUGGAAGAUUUGAAGGAAUCCUCCAACAGAUCAUGGAUGGCCAGAAGAGAAACACUAAAGAGAUGUAUGAGAAGAUGGACACUUUGUUCAGCAAUCUCAACACCAAGUAUGAUGCUGUUGCCACUCAUGUGAAGAAACUAGAGACUCAAGUCACUCAAACUAUGGAAGCUGUUAAGAGACAGGAAGCUGAAUCCAAGAAGUCCUUUUGCAACUCAGCCGCCAUAGAAGAAAGAUUUGAAGACCAAGUUCCAGAAUGGAUGCUUUCAAAACCUACUGUUGAUUGCAUGAUUUGGCCUGAAGAGAAUUACCCAGAGAGAGAGUCCAAUCGAGCUAGAAAGAGAAGACUCUUCCCAAAGAUUAUCCCCAAGACAGAUAACUCAGGAAAGUUUGUUGUGCCUUGUAUCAUCAAAGGUAACAUUCUUGAGCAAUCUUUGUGUGACACAGGAGCCAAUGUGAACAUCAUGUCUAAGAGGAUAGCUGACAAGAUAGGCCUCACCAAGAUAGAGCCAUCAUCCAUCUCCAUCAACUAUGCUGAUUCAUUCUCACAAACCCCUAUGGCUUUGUGCCUAAUGUGA